AUGGGGAUAUUUUUACUGUUUAUAACUUUUGUCUUCCAACUGAAUGCAUAUGUACUUGGCGAUGAUCCGCCAUUUGAAACGAAUAUCGUGGGUGGUCAAAUAGCAGACAUCGAGGACUAUCCUUAUCAGGUAGCAGUCAUACAGGAUGAAAGGCUCUGGUGCGGCGGAAGUAUCGCCAAUCCAAAUUAUGUGCUUACAGCAGGACACUGUGUAUUUAUGGCAAUUAUGCCACUUUUUGUCCACGCUGGUAGCCGUUACUGGUACAAUCCUGGAAGUGUUCAUGAAGUUGACUUUAACAUCACCUACACUACUGAAAUAUCAACAACCGAUGAUGUUGCUUUAUUGCAUGUCGUUGAACCUUUUGUUUAUGAUGCAACCCAUCAAGCAAUACCUAAGUUAAAAAAUGGUUUGAUGGGUGUCGUAACCGGUUGGGGCAGUAGCCACGAUCAGGGUCCACAAGAUGAGUUGUUUGCCGUUAAGGUACCAAUAAUUAAACCAGAAAUCUGCAACCGUAUUUUCAAGGACACCUUGAUUGGUGAAAUUCAUCUCGGUGAAUUUUGCGCGGGUUCUUAUGGCAAGAGUUCCUGUCAGGGUGAUUCCGGAGGUCCUUUAGUCGUACGUGGUCGUCAAGCUGGAAUUGUAUCAAAGGGCUUGGGGUGUUCGAAUGCUCAGUAUCUUACUGUUUACGCCGACAUCACAUAUUUCUAUGAAUGGAUCACUAGUCACAUAUCUGAGUAG